UUUAUAUCCACCACCUCCAGGAAAGGGGAAGCGAGCGAGAACGAAGAGAAAGACGGUGACGUCUAUCGCAAACCAUCGUGGUGCUCAUCCCCCACUCAACCUGAGAACCACCUACGCAAUCCCACCGUCCGCACUCUCCCUCUGACCUCCUUAAAGUACGUGCACGGAUCCCAGACGCACAGACACCGUUACUCCAUAUGGCGGUCGUUAAUCUUUUCCAUCCCUUAAAGUCUGUGAUAGAUUGGUGGUGUAGUGGUUGUACGGGGGUGUAUGCGGGUGUCUCGGCCUCGCGCACAGCCCUGCAAGCUACGGAGUUUCUGGCAGAGACAAGUGGCCCCUUAAUAGAAGACAGCCGGAGAACGAGAACUGAACGUAAUCAACUUGGAUUUGUUUGCAAGGUCAUGUCAGCUCAUCCAAUUGAUGAUGCCGGUCGAUCUGGAGCUGCCUUUUGUACCGCUAUGGCUAUUCUCCGCCAGCUCUCCUUAUGGGAGGACGUCGACGCUCCCGUUCCCAAUGUGACCCCGGCACCACCCAGCUGUCUCAACCAUACCUUCCGUAGCCCCUUGUCGCACAUACUAUUAACACCGUGCACUCGCUCCAUCCUCCAUCCCUUAAUCCCUAAGUUUACACGAAGCCAUUCGCCGCCCGCCGCCUGCCACCCCAUCACGCAGCUGCACUGGAUCCACACUUUAAGAUACGCCACGAGUGCUCGGUUCGCGGAUGAUGCGAGCGCACAGCGAGCUCCAAAUUGCAAGGCUAGGUUUGACGACGGAUGAGAGGAAAAGUUAAGGGAGGGCUGAUGACGGAAGGAUGUCAGCCUGGGAGCUUGGGCUCGAGGAUACGGGGAAGAGGAAGCUUAAGGGGCAUUGUGGAGGAGUGGGCGGGCUUGAAGGGGGCUUUUGGUGGUGGUGGGUCUGAAGUGUACAGUAGAUGGUCCUGGACAGCGAUGGGCUUCCUGUCAGUCCCGGUACGUCCGGUGAGCCGGUGCGUGGUGUCAUACGAGCCUGUAGGGACCUUCAUUUACGGGAGGUCUCGUGCGCUC